GGAGCCGGGAGCGUGGAGCCGCGAGGAGCGCACACACAGAGAGACAGAAGAUGGACGGAGUGGGAUCGUUCGGAGCGGGCCGGACCGGGUCCACAGUCGACCCGAUUACCUUCGCCAAGCAGCCGCAGACCAUCCUCAGAGUGCUGUCCUGGAUAUUUUCCCUGGUGGUCUUUGCCUCCAUCGUGAAUGAGGGUUAUGUCAACAUAGGCAGUGAGCGCCUCCACUGUGUCUUCAAUAAAAACACAGACGCGUGUAACUACGGUGUGUUUGUGGGCCUGGUGGGGCUGCUGGCGUGCUCCUUCUUCUUCCUGCUCGACUACAAGUUCUCAUCCAUCAGCUCUGUUAAAGACAGGAAGAAGGCUGUGAUGCUUGAGAUCGGCUUCUCAGGUUUCUGGACCUUUCUAUACUUUGUAAGUUUCUGCUUCCUUGCUAAUCAGUGGUCUCGGACCAGAGCUGAGGAGCUGCCACUUAACCAAGGAGCAGAUGCCGCUCGGGCAGCAAUCGCCUUCUCCUUCUUCUCCAUUAUAACCUGGGCUGGUCUAACAGUGCGCGCGGUCCAGAAGUAUCUGCUUGGCACAGACAUGACCCUGUUCACCACUGAGCACAUGGACGGCGGUGCACCCACCCAGCCAUACCCCUCCAACUCUCCAGGAGGUGGCGGCACCACUGAGACCACAGAGACCUACCAGAGCCCACCAUUCACCGAAAACAAUGCAGCACCCACAUACCAGGUUCCCAUUUACUAAAAAAGAUAGACCUGAUGGUGGAACAAGAAGAUGGGGAGAGGGAUGCAGAUACAAGGAAACUGCUUGAUGUUACACGUGCAGUUGUUUAUGUUGAUCUGGGCUGAGUUUUCAGUAAGUGUUGAAUAACGGCCUCUGAUUCCUCAUUUCUUCCUCUUGGUACCUCUCCUUCCUGAACAUUCCAGCUUUAUCUGCACUUUUGUACGUUUGUAUGUGGAACAAAUCCACAGUACAGGUACGAGAGCUGAUAAAGCAAAAGAAAAACAAGUGGAGGAAAUGUAGAGCAGGAGGCCACGUUGCUGACUUCAAACACAAUUUUGACAAAAAAAAAAAAAAAAUAGAGAGAUGAAAUGAUCAAGUCAGUGACUCCAUCACAACAAAGCAGUAUUAGAUACCUAAAAAUAGGUACAUACAUAACGCACCCUUGUUUUAUUCUUUUUUAUUUAUUCCAUAUCCCCUUUCAUGUCAAACACUGCAGGGAAUUUUUUUUUUUAUUAGCUAGAGUCUGGUCUUUCCUCGUGUAUUCCCUGCUGCAGUUACAGGUCACCAUCUGCAUUAAAUCUGCAUGUUUCCAAACUUAGACAUCAACUAAGUGCCAUACUGUACUGUGUGUUUCAGACAGUGACUUAAUUUAGUAGUUUUUCACAUGCUGUAAAGAGAGAGGAAAAAAAAAAAAGAGAAAACAACAACAAUGUUUUGUGACCAAGUGCAAUAUUUCACAUUCUUAUGUAGGUAGGUAGAUGCAGAACUGCAGGUAAGCUAGUUAGGUCAAUUUCAGACGCUGUCUCAAAUUACAUGCAAUUCUUUUAAUUGUACUGAUAAGGUUCAAUGAUCUGACCGCCCUGGUGACGUUUGCAGGAAAUGGAAGUUAUAUCAGAUGAUCAAACAGCUCCAGAGAAGGAAUCUCUCUUCCAUGGAAGUUGAGCUAAUUUAAAUGUAAUUUAAGAGUAGUUUAAAAAGCUUUUAUAUCGUCCUUUUAGACAUGUUUAAGACUUCCUUAAUGAAGUCUAUUGCACAUUUUAAAGGAAAAGAGGGUCGCAGUGCAAAAUAUAAUAAUACAGUGCAACCCUGAAUGAGCCGGUGUGAUUUGGGGUCAUUUUGAUUACACUUAAAAUUCAGUGGGGAAACCUUUAUCCUCAUUGAAUCACUGUUCAAUCUGGUAUGUCUCUGUACCUGACAUGAAUGGAUUAUUAAAUGGUCCUAAUGGGCUCUUGUGCUGGAAGUGAUUAUUAAUGCUGGAAAGUCACUCACAUGACUGUAAAAAAAAAAAAAAAAGACACAAAAUGGCAAGAGAGAGACACACAAACUGAUCAGGACUUUGAGUUUGGGGGCCUUUGUUUCACAAUCAAUCUGCAGUUCCAGUAUUCAGUGUGUUUUUUGAGACAGUGUCCUAUGCUGACUGCUGUGUGUACAAAAUGGGGAGAGUGGGGGCUGUUCCGGGUAAAUUAGGUCUGUUUAUGUUUACGUUUUAGAAGCUGCCAAACUGCCCUGUGUUCUUAUUGCCGUCUUUUGAUUACCACGUUACUACUAUGUUGUUAAUAGAAUCUUGGUUGGUAGGGUGGGGGGCACAGAUGAGCUGUGGGGGGGGGGUGAGGGAUUGCUGGAGGAUUCAGUCUCAGGCAAAAUAAAAAGUUGAGUUGUGGGGUUUAAGGAUCGCUAGCUGGCUAAUUCAUUGAUCCUGCAAUCCUGCUAUUAAGGAAAGAGGGGUGGGGUUGAGGUGUGGGUGUGGGUGUGUGCGUGCGUGCGUGCGCAUAUUUAGUUGCCAUGAUGACAGGGUGGUUUGGAUGUGGGUCACCAAGGGCCCUGAUGUAGAUAGUACCCAUGCCAACCAUGUCGGUGUGUAUCGGUAUCUGUGCUGUGCUUUACGUACACUCUCCAUCAGUGAAUCUGUAGUGUCGGUGUGUGCGAUCGUGUGAGUGUGUCCACGUGCAACAAGGUGUACAGGUGCACAUACAUCAGCAUGCAUGAGGGACGUAAAAGUCUUUGCAUUUGUGUUUAAAGCUCUGUGUGCGUGUGUGUGUGUGUGUGUGUGUGUGUGUGUGUGUGUGUGUGUGUGUGUGUGUGUGUGUGUGUGUGUGUGUGUGUGUGUGUGUGAAGUUAGUUGGGUUCUGUGCUGCAUUAAAGUUAUUUUUCUAACAUGCAUUUGUCAAAGAGGAGGAAAUCACAAGUCUACUACAGUAUUUAAGAAUCUCCUCAAUAAAAAUAUUAUUUUAAGCUCAGCGUAUUAUCAGUAUCCCUGUCAAGAUAUACAAAAUGCAAAGUAAAUUAACAGCGCCAAUUCCAAAAAUUCGAGUAGAAGCAACAAUGACCUGCUGAAAGCCUUUCUUGCUCUUCUGUGUAAACGGUUACCUCUGCUGCAGCAGGACAACCAAAGCGAUCAUCGUAGUUAGAAAAGAAAAGAGUUCAUCGUGCAUUAAAUGCUGCAUCAUUCUGACUCUGAUAUUUUAAAAAGACUGGCAGGCAUCGGUGCAGGACUGACAGGACUCCUUCUUGCAUUUGUAAUCGCAAAUGUCUCCGUACCUUAAAUCAUCUUUUUGAUUCCUUUGUUGUACUCGUGCAUGAGAUUUUUCUGCAGCCACAAACUUAGAAUAAUAUUAAAAAUCCAAAUCCAGACUUCAGGGCCUGGGGCUACAGAAAUGCCAACAGACUGAAAAUAUUAACUAGUGUAGUCAGUUAUGUAGUUAUAAAAAGCUCUUACUGUGCAAUAAAGCCCUUCAUACAAUUUCUGUGUGUCCUGGGUUCCAGCACUCAAAUGAAUGACAAAACUUUGAAGGUAGUGAUAUAUAAAAUACAGAAAAUAACACGUAUUUACCUGCGAUCAUUUCUUUUAAACCUUUUAUUCACCACACAGUCUGUCAGCAAGUGCUUAUUUAAGCAUUUAGUUAAAUGUAAGAGAUAAAGCAGCAAUUCCGUCUUUCAGGAUUUUAUUUUGGGACGGGAUGCAACACCAAUGGCUGCUGGACUACUACUACUAGAAUAUUGGAUGAGUGGGGUACCAUUUUAAUCUGUAAGAGUUAAAGGACUACAUUUUGUGUUCUGUCCAUUUUUUUUUGCCCACUGGGUGUUAAUUGUAUACAGUUUGUUCACAGAUUCCUAUUUUAAUAUGAUUUGAAUAUGGUCUUGCAGAGUCCAGGUUUGUGUGUGAAGUGUGAAGUAGGCCAGCUCACAAAUACAUAAUCAGAACCUGCCAAUAAAUAAAAUUUGACACACUAUUUAAGUAUAACUAAGGUUUUUGGUACUCUUUGCAGUCACCAUUUUUGUAGAGAAGACAUUUAACAUAUUUGAACACAGCUUUGUUGCUGGCGGAGACUGCCAUUGCCAAUCUGAGAAAUCAGAUUUAAGCAGCUAAAUAUUUACAUGGACAAAGUUCAUGUUCAGUCUUCAUUUAUGGCAUUAUUUUGAAAGCAGUCAGUUAAAAUGUAUCAGAAAGCACUGGUGUAGUCCUUUAAGUCUUCAGUGUAACUGGGAUGGCAGCAGGUAACUGUGGUUGAGGGGUGAGGUGCUGCUGGGGUGUGAUUGGGUAGUUUGGGUUGCUGUCAGGUCGGGUUGUGUUGAUGUUCUCAGUGCUUCGGUCUCUUCUUUAGUCACUGUGGUAGAUUAUAAUAAUAAUACAAGCAUUCUCCGUGUUUUGUGCUCUGGCCCACGUACACUACCGUGGUUUUGAUUGAUUGUAAAAUUCCGUAUGUUAUUGAAGUAAAUGGAACUUUUGUGUGAUGCUGUCCAGGGUCUGAUGUGUCCACUAUUGCAGAAAUUUUUAAAAAAAUAUGUCAGUAAUGAUUAUUUAUAACUAGAAUGCACUCUGUUGGAAAUACUUUGAUCACUCUUAAAGGGGCUAAAAUCAGUCAUUUUAUGCGAUUAUACCAUUAAUUUGUUAGGCUGAGGUCAUAAAAAGGCUAUGUUAUGUAGUUCAAUACAUUGCAUGGAUGUAAGAACAUCUUCCUCCCAUAGAUGCGAAUUGAAUCUAUGUCAACCAACAAACAAGUGAAUAUUGAAUUUUAUGGCGUGCCACCCCUUUAACAUUUCUUCUGAGUUGCUUCUUCCUUUUCUGAAGGUGUUUGACCUCUUCAGUGUAAAAACGCUGUGUACAGAGAUGUGUAUCACUGUCUAUUACCUGAAUGUCUCUGGACUGCAGUCUGACCGUCGCUCCAAUAAAAAAGAAACCACGUUUCUGUUUCUGGGUUUAA